AUGAAGGUCACCGCCCUCGUUGUCUCCCUGGCAGUCGCCGUCCUGGCCGUUGUCGAUGCCUCGCCCCUCAAGAUCUCGCCCAAGCACGGCCAUGCCGUCCCCUUGACCCGCAACCCCAACUACAAGCACAACACCCAUGCCCAGAUCGCCAAGUUGAACAAGCGUUACCCUGGCGUCAACAUCUUGGCCACCGGAUCUGUCCCCCUUGUCAACGUCCACCCCGAUCUUGAGUACUACGGUACCGUCUCUGUCGGUACCCCUGCUCAGAAUGUGAAGCUGGAUUUUGAUACCGGCUCAUCUGACAUCUGGUUCCCCUCAAGCACCUGCACCACCGCCGCCUGCAAGAAGCACGUCCGUGAUGGCUCUACCGCCUCUGGUAUCCUCGGCUCCGACAUUGUCAGCGUCGGAGGCGUCAAGGUCCGCCAGACCAUUGGCCUCGCCACUGCCGAGUCCUCGCAGUUUGGUUCCUCCCCCGAAGACGGUCUCUUCGGUCUGGGAUUCAACACCAUUGAGUCUGUCUCUGGCGUCAAGACCUUCUUGGAUAACGCCAUUGCCGCCGGCGCUCUUACCUCGCCUGUCGUCUCCGUCUUCCUUCCCUCCGUCCGCCGCAACGGUGGUGUCGGUGGAGAGUACCUCUUUGGCGGCAUCGACUCGACCAAGUACACCGGCUCGUUGACUUACGUCCCCGUCACUAAGAAGGGCUACUGGCAGGUCCACAUCUCGGACGCCAGCAUCAACGGUGUUUCGUUGGGCCAGGCCUCUGAGGGAAUCAUCGACACCGGCACCACCCUCGUCAUUGUCGGCGACGCCGCCGCCGCCGCCAUCCACAAGAAGAUCUCCGGCGCCAAAAACGACCCCAACAACGGUUGGUUGGUCCCUUGCUCCCUCAAGUCCAACACCGGAAACGUUGGCUUCCAGUUGGGCGGCAAGACCUUCAACGUGCCCCUGGCCGAUUUGGCUUAUGAGGAUUUGGGAGAUGGUUCCGGAAACUGCUUCUCGGGUAUUCAGGGCGGUCAGGAUGGACUUUGGAUUUUGGGUGAUGUCUUCAUCAAGAACAACUACUGUGUCUUCUCCCAGACUUCGUCGCCCAGCAUUGGAAUCGCUCCUCUUGCCUACUAA